GAUUUGGAAUGCUCUGACUGAUAAUUAUGGUAACGUAAUGCCUGUUGACUGGAAAUCUUCCCACACCAGAGCUUUGCACUUGCCAACACUGAAUCUUUCUGAAAAAGGGGUAAAUGAUAACUUGAACCUUGACCUGUCAGAUGACGAGGAGCUGAGAGAACAGUUGGAUAUGCACUCUAUCAUUGUUUCCUGCAUCAAUGAUGAACCACUCUUCACAGCAGAGCAGGUGAUUGAAGAAAUAGAGGAAAUGAUGCAGGAAUCGCCUGAUCCAGAAGAGGAUGAAACACCCACCCAAUCAGAUCGGCUGUCCAUACUUUCCCAGGAAAUUCAGACGCUCAAGAGAUCCAGUACGAACAACAGCUAUGAAGAGAGAGUAAAAAGAUUGUCUGUUGCUGAGUUAAAUGAACUGCUAGAAGAAAUUGAGACUGCUAUUAAGGAUUAUUCUGAGGAACUGGUACAGCAGUUGGCUCUACGAGAUGAGUUGGAGUUUGAGAAGGAAGUGAAAAACAGCUUCAUUUCUGUCCUCAUCGAAGUACAAAACAAGCAGAGAGAACACAAAGAAACGACAAAGAAGAAAAAGAAGAUGAAAAACGGUAGUCCUCAGAACGGCAAACAAGAAAGAGGUCAUAUGCCUGGAACACGCUUCAGCAUGGAAGGGAUCUCAAAUGUCAUACAGAAUGGCUUCCGCCACACGUUUGGAAACUCGGGUGGAGAGAAACAGUACUUAACAACUGUCAUUCCUUAUGAGAAGAAAAAUGGACCUCCAUCCGUUGAGGAUCUUCAAACAUUAACCAAAAUCCUGCAUGCCAUGAAAGAGGAUAGCGAGAAAGUGCCAAGCUUGUUAACAGACUAUAUUUUAAAGGUUCUGUGUCCUACAUGAAGAGGGCUGCUUUUCAGAGUAAGCCACGCUCCUUCAUCUGAUGAGAAGCUUUCCGUGGAUAUAACUCAUAGUGUUUUUUUCAUUUGGCACUAUAUCUAAACCAGUAUGCAUUUACCUCCUCUGUGUGUGCGUGGAUUUUCUGAUCCUACAGUAAGUCUUCUGGGCAUGACAACUCAUCCAUUUCAACUUAACAGUGCAAUGAACUGGAGCAGGGAACAAACAUUGUACAGUUUUACUCACAUUGUUCUGGCUUUUUAAAGUCUAUUUUUACAUUGUAUAGCAUGUAGUAAAUCCUCCUGCACAUUUUGUUGUUGGAAGGAAAAGUAAACUUUGAAUAGUGUAAAUAAAAUAAGCCUAGUUUUAAGGAAUCC